ACCCCAUCGAAGCUGAGAGUUUAUCUGAAGAUCACAAAAAUGAAUGCACAGCAAAUCACGAGGGUAGCAGUGGCAAAAUGGAGGUCGACAGUGUUUCUGAAAUGUUCAAGCGUUCUGAGGAGCAUUAUGGUUUGAAAUACAUGAAAUACAUUGGUCAAACAGCCAGAAACUACGUCGACACCGUUGAUAAUGCUCGUAUUUUGAGAGCGAAGAAAACUACAGAAGCUAACUCUAAAGAGGCCAGAACCUACGUAGGGUUCUCAAAGCUGUUUAAAAUGAUAAUUAUGAGGAAGCUGAAGGACUACUGUAUGCACCAGGCAUAGCAGAAUAAUGUUAGUAUAAUUUUUUUAUAAAAAAUCUGUUCUCAAAACUUUAAACGCGUUUUUCUCCAAACUACGUUUUUGAAAUUUUGCCGAAACACUUAUUCUCGACACAUAUUCUGAUGCAUGAUACCUCAAAAAUCUUUAAUUUUUGAAAUGAA